AUGUUCUCCCGACCGAUUCCGGCCACGGCGACCAAUCUCAUUGAGACUAGCCAACUGCGCAGGAGAUAUUAUAGUGCACAAGUAUACGCGCAGACACAACGUGCACUCUCUAUUCCUGUCACUCUCAUACUCUGGUGGGACGACCACUCGACACGACCAGUGAGAGUCAAGGCGCAGGACCGACGGCUCUACGUGCUCUCCGAGGCACCCGGUUUAUACAAAGUAGAUAAUAAAAGACAAGAAACGAUUACGCAGAUGGGCAACAAGAAAAUGAUUGAAGAAGCUUUAUUCAUGUACACGCACGGAUCA